AUGCAUCGGCCGUCGGGGUACAAUAUUCUUAUCGCCAUGGCGGCCACCAUGGGUAGUUUGACCUAUGGUUACACCAACGCCAUUCUGGGAAAUACUCUGACCAAAGCCUCGUUCUUCGAGUACAUGAAACUCGAUCCCGAAGGUCCUGGCGCACAACAUGUCCAAACUAUCGAAACGAUCUGGAACGGUAUGGUCUAUACUGGAGGCAUUCUGGCGAUGUGGGCAUCCCCUGUCAUUGCGGAUAAGUUUGGACGACUGGCUCUCAUGCGAUUCGGUGGUGUCAUCGGAGUCAUCGGUGCUGGCCUACAAGCUGGCAGUGUCAGCACUUCUAUGUUGAUUGUUGCAAGGCUCAUAGCAGGAGCAGCGAUGGGAAUCUGCGCUGGUACUGUGCCUACAUAUCAGGCUGAGAUUGCGCCCCCGAUGAAUAGGGGAUUGAUUGUUGGCCUUCACGCGAGCAUGAUCGGUUUUGGUAACGUGAUUGCUGGUUGGGUCGGAGUUGGCUUCUUUCACACCUCUUCACAGGUGGGAUGGAGGUUUCCCUUUGGACUCCAGGGCCUUUUCCCGCUUGCGCUGUUCCUCCUAACAUUUAAGCUACCUGAAUCACCUCGAUGGCUUUGCAUGAAUGACCGCUCGGAAGAGGCUGAGAAAAUCUUGGUCAAGCUUCACAAGCGAAAGGACGACCCUAACCACGAGUUCGCCCACCGUGAGAUGCAUAUCAUCACGGAGCAGAUUGCAUACGAGAAAAGAACAAAGUUGCCUCUCCGCCAGGCGCUGACACAGCGCUCGCUACAGAGGAGGUUCCUCACUGGUUGGAUGGCAAUAUGGUGCACGCAAUGCUCUGGUGUCAUUGUUGUCCUUGCGUAUCAAUCGACCAUCUAUCAGGGACUUGGCUUCUCGGCCUUCACUGCCUCUAUCCUCGGCGCUGUGUGGUGCGUGAUGAACUUUGUUGGCAACUUCACUGGAGGUGUCCUGGGAGACUACAUUGGCAGGUCGAGACAACUUGUCAUCGGUCUUGGAGUCAACAUACUGCUCCUGACCGGCCUAUGCGUAUGCACUAAGAUCGAUAACAAGCCCGCCCAAACCGGUGGAGCGGUCUUCACGCUACUCGUGGCCUUCAUCUAUGCGGCAUUCCUGGAAUGUCCUGCACUGGUCUACAGCUCUGAGCUGUUCCCCGGAGAAUGGCGUGCUUUCGGCGUAUCAACGUCGAUCUCCAUUUCAUUCGUCGGACAACUCAUCUUCACGGUCGCCGCGCCUACGGCUUUACAAAGCAUAGGUGCUUACUUCUACGUCGUCUUUAUUGGCUUGACGGCUCUGCAAUUCGUUAUCGCCAUAUUUCUAUUCCCUAACACCAAAGGUAUCACUCUCGAACAGAUGUCCGCUGUAUUUGGCGAUGUCGUGGUGGACAUGGAUGGCAACGCGGAAGAUCCAUCAGAUUUCCUCAAGGAAAACCACGAGGCUGACACCCUGAGGCUGGAGAAUGCAGGAAUGGGGAAAGCAUAA